UCUGUCCAUUGUUUUCUCUCUUCUUUCAUCGGACAUGGAAACUGAAGCUUCUUCCGACACAGAUUACGGCAAAAACAACAGCAGCGGCACUUAUGACGAGGAGCAAUUAGCAAAGCAGAAAGCAAUUGAUGAUUGGCUGCCCAUCACUUCAUCAAGAGAUGCAAAAUGGUGGUACUCGGCUUUCCACAAUGUCACCGCCAUGGUUGGAGCUGGUGUCCUCAGUCUCCCUUACGCCAUGUCAGAACUGGGAUGGGGUCCUGGCGUUGCUGUUCUAGUCCUAUCAUGGAUUAUUACCCUCUACACACUAUGGCAGAUGGUUGAAAUGCAUGAAAUGGUCCCCGGGAAACGUUUCGAUAGGUACCAUGAACUGGGUCAAUAUGCCUUUGGUGAAAAACUUGGACUCUACAUUGUGGUGCCACAGCAACUUAUUGUCGAAGUUGGUGUUUGCAUUGUUUAUAUGGUUACCGGAGGCAGAUCAUUAAAGAAGUUCCAUGACACGGUCUGCAGUACCUGCAAAGACAUCAAACUAACAUAUUUCAUCAUGAUUUUUGCCUCUGUUCACUUUGUGCUGUCUCACCUUCCCAACUUCAACUCCAUUUCGGGAGUCUCCUUGGCUGCCGCAGUCAUGUCCUUGAGUUAUUCAACUAUUGCUUGGGGAGCUUCAUUGGAUAAGGGAGUUCAACCAGAUGUGCAAUACGGCUACAUAGCUAAGACUACAGCAGGAACAGUUUUCAACUUCUUCAGUGCCUUGGGGGAUGUCGCUUUUGCCUAUGCCGGGCACAACGUAGUCUUGGAAAUCCAAGCUACCAUCCCGUCUACACCUGAGAAACCGUCGAAGGGACCGAUGUGGAAAGGCGUUAUCGUUGCCUAUAUAGUUGUGGCCUUGUGCUACUUCCCUGUUGCUUUAGUUGGGUAUUGGGUGUUUGGUAAUUCAGUAAAAGACAACAUCCUCAUCUCAUUGGAGAAACCAGCAUGGCUUAUUGCUAUGGCUAACAUGUUCGUUGUCGUCCAUGUUAUUGGAAGCUACCAGAUUUAUGCGAUGCCAGUUUUUGACAUGAUGGAGACUGUAUUAGUUAAGAAGUUGCAUUUCAGGCCGAGUAGAGCACUUCGAUUCAUCGUCCGCAAUUUUUACGUCGCGAUCACGAUGUUCAUCGGCAUUACCUUCCCUUUCUUCGGAGGUCUUCUCGGAUUUUUCGGAGGAUUUGCUUUUGCACCAACAACAUACUUUCUCCCUUGCAUCAUGUGGCUUGCCAUUUAUAAACCAAGAAAGUUUGGGUUAUCUUGGUGGACUAACUGGAUAUGCAUUGUACUAGGUGUUCUAUUGAUGAUUGUAUCACCAAUUGGAGGGUUGAGGCAAAUCAUCCUUCAAGCCAAGAACUAUGAAUUUUACUCUUAAAUUUGUAAUCUUACUGCAAUAGCCGCGUCAAAUUUCAGAGCAGAAACAAAUGAAGAACAUGAUAGUUAUAAGCAUAACAUAAGGCCAUUGUCAAAAGUCAAAUGUUGCUGCCCUUGUUCUACGUAAAUCAAAGCUGCAACCUACAAACAUGGGAGACUGCAAUGUUAAAACCAGAGCACAGGCAUCGGUCAUCAUUGUUACAUUUGUUUUAUAACUUGUGUUGAUGUAUGAAUACAAAACAUAGGUUUUUCUUCUUUACUUGUUUUAAUUCUUGUGAAGAGAGAGAAUAUGCAGUUCUAAAUCUUCAAAAACAAGUUACUACAUUUAUGUAAUGGUUGUUGAUGUUUAUUUGCUUUCAA